CUUUGGCGCGAGUAUUUUCCCGCGGGCUGCAAGCGCCGGGCUGAAUUGAGCACCAGAAUGAUGGCUGCUCCUUAUCCAGCAGCUUCUGGUUUGCUACCACUGUUGGAGACCUUGGAAGACUCGUCUGUAUCAUCUACAGAGCAAGUUGAUGCCUACCUUACCAUUUCCAGUCGUCUUAGUGGAGAAGAUGGAAAGGAAUUUGCUGGUGCAGUUGGCAAACAGUUUACUCGGCUCUGUGAAGUACUUAAAGGUCAUCUUUCCAAUUCAGAUUUGGAACUUUGUAAUGCAGCGCUACAGGCCUUGGGAUUCUGUGUCUUUCACAGUAAUAUUAGUGCUGCAUUGUCAGCACCUGAAGCUAAACAGUUGCUUUUGACACUCUGUGACAUCGCAGUCACCUCAACAGACAAGAAUACGUGUACAAGAGCACUUUGGGUAAUAGCUAAGCAGAACUUUAGUCUGGAAGUGGUUGGAAAAGAGGUUCCAAAUAUACUUACAGCAGUGGAAACAAUAUUAACUAGAGAUCAACAGUCAGUGGUUGUUGAACAUGAAGCACUAAAUCUCAUUGUGAGGCUGUUGGAGCAGACGCCUGAACAAAUGGGACAAGAUGCUGUUCGAUGGGUCAAGCUGUUACUUCCUCUUGUAGUUCAUUCUGCCCCCAAAGUACGGUUGCGGGCAGCAACGGCACUAGAAUUAGGGCUACCAUUUCUGCUCCAAAGGCAGCAGGAAGUGGCACUUGUAAUUGAGCCUUUAAUGAUGUCAAAAAUUAUUCCAGAGCUGCAGAAGCUCUUUGCAUCAAAAAAUGAAACCUAUGUGCUAAAAUUGUGGCCCCUCUUUGUGAAGCUUUUGGGAAAGUCAUUACAUCGAGGAGGAAGUUUUAUUAAUUCUCUCCUGCAUUUGGAGGAGUUGGGCUUUCGUAGUGGCUCUCCAGUUGUGAAGAAAAUAGCUUUCAUUGCUUGGAAAAGCUUGAUUGACAAUUUUGCUUUAAAUCCUGAUAUCCUUUGCAGUGCCAAAAGGCUCCGCUUGCUCAUGCAGCCAUUGAGCUCUAUUCACGUUAGAACAGAGAUGCUAGGUCUAGCAAAGCUAGAGGUUUGGUGGUAUUUAGCUCUGCGGCUGGGUCCACAACUUUCUGCUAACUUUGAACAGGUGUGUGUCCCAUUGCUACAAAAUGCUUUUGGUGUUGAUGGAACUACACAUUCAACAGGAACAUCUUGUAGAAGUUCUAUCUGUGCACCUACAACUCCAGCUUCUGCACAGAAACCAGCCUUUCCUUCGCCAUGUCCUACAAUAUCAAGAAUGCAAUUGAAUUCCAGCCUUUCUACAAUGCCAGUAAUGCAAGCCAUGCAACUUGUGGGGAUUGAAAUAUUACUUCACUUCCUUGUGGGUCCUGCAGUCUCUGACCUAGUUAAACAGAACAAUCUUCAACUCAGCCUAGAUCCUCUACAGCAUCUGCUAAUUAACAGCCCAUCGUUCUUUUGCAAGCAUGCUGGCACACUGAUCAAUGCAGUUAAAGAUGCAUUCAUUUCUGUUGGCAAAUUGGGUGAAGAUACCAUGCUUAACCUUAUCUGGAAGCAUCUGAUCAGUUAUGUGAAAAAUGGUAUUGAGACAGGCUCAAAGAAGGAACGACAAGUAUCGGAGAUAUUGACGCUGCUACUACAAGCAUUGCAGCAGAUAGUCAAUUCAGAUGCUGUCACAGCACACAAAGCCUUGGGUCUGAUAGAAGCAACUGUCAAAGGGCUCCCUCAAAAAGUCUUGGGAUCACCAGCAUACCAGGUUGCCAACAUGGACAUUCUGAAUGGCACUCCAGCACUCUUCCUGAUCAUUUUGCUCUUUCACAACAGUUUAGUGGAAUGCUGUGUGGUUGAAGAAAGAUUUUUCACUAUUCUUGAGACUCUUGUUGGCUGUGGGUUGUCUGGGCCCACUUGCUCGUUGGCAUUCAGUGAGUCUGUUUUAAAUGUUGUUAACCAGUCUGCAGCACUGGCAGCAGACAAAGAACAUCUUUGGCGAAUGUGGAGCAUUGUUGUUAAUCCACUGACUGAACGGGUUACUCAGACAAAUGAGGUAAAUCAAGGAGAUGCGUUAGAGCAUAAUUUCCGUGCUAUGUACAUUGCAUUGAUGCUACCAAUCAACCACUUGUUUACCAAACAGAAUCUUCCACAGUCUACAGUGAAGUCAGUGCUGAGAACAUGGGCUGAGUUGUAUAAAACAUUUGCACGUUGUGCAGCUCUGGUGGCAACAGCAGAAGCCAAUGUAUGCUGUGAGGAGCUGAGUGUCAAAAUCUUAGCAACACUGGAUGAUGGCUCUUUAUCUAGCUUAUCUACGUUGGAGGCAAUUGUUCAUAUCUUGAAUGUGAUGGUUGAAUGUGUUGACUUUUCUCAGUUCUCAAAGUUUCAACAAAAAGCUAACUCACCACACACCCCUACACACUGGUUAAAGAAGAAACAGGAGCCUCUAGGAAAUCUUACUUCGUUGCUUAAACUUCUAGUGAAAAUCACAGAUGCUUUUCAUGAGUUAAGUUCCAAGGAAUCUCAAUUUGAAAUGUCAGCCUCUGGAAUGGUUUCCAUUGGAAGUGGAAUUGUUGGUAUUCUCUCCAGCAUCUUCACUCACUUGUCUAUGGCAUCAGCAAUUCAAGCAGUGUUCACCAACUUAGCUGAUUCCAUAUCCAUCUUCUAUGAAAGAACAUCAAAUCCAGUUAAUGGAGCUUCAAAGGUGUACACCACUCCACUGUGCAACAAGCUGGAGAAGUUGCAUGCAGAAAUUCUUCUUUGUUUACAGUCCCGUUACACUUCUGCCUAUGACAGCAACUUGCUGGAACAACUAUCAUCACUACUCAACACCACUUUCCUGCACAAGAACCGGCAGAUCAGGAACCAAACUGCACAAUUUUGGAAUGCUACUUUUGCCAAAGCCACAGCAUUAAGCUAUCCACAGCAAAUGAAGCCAAUAUUAAGUCGGGUCAAGCAGAAAACUCCCAUAAUCUUGCCUGGUUUUGAGGCAUUGGAGUUGACAGAAGAAUCGAGUGGUCCUUUCUCAGAUUUGUCAGAAAAUUCCCAGUUGGAUGCUAAAGUCAGUGGUGUGGAAGUAAAUUCUAUUGGGAAAAGAGAGUCACUGCUAGCUAGAGCUGAAGAAUUAAAAGAGAAAACCUCCCUUCAAACUCCAGCAAAAUUGAAACUGGAUUUCUCUCCCAAAACCCCACGACGCGAAUUACUUCUGGAGGAGGAGCAAUCAUUAGACUUUGUGUUUAUACCACCUGAGCCAAAGCAGAGGAUACUGACUGAGCAUCAGAAAGAGAUGUUGCAGACAAAAAGGACUGACAUUCCCGCAAUGUACAAUAACUUGGAUGCGUCUCAGGAUUCCCACUUGUUUUCCCAGUAUGCGCAAUCUCAGGAGGGAAGUUUAGAAAAAUUGGCAAAAGAGGUUGAGGAAAUGGACAAAACUUCUGACAAGAAACAGCAGGCUGACGAUAUGGAAGCAGAAAAUGAGGUGGUCGCUUCAGUUACAACAGAAGCAGGCACUGAUAGCAAAUUGCCUGAUCAAGAAAAACUGCAGGAUUCUGCUGAUGAUGAGAAAAGUGGAAUUCAAAUCAGUCCAGAUUCUAAAGAUUCUGAUGGCAUUGACAAAGAGGAGAAAACGAGGAAUGGUGCAGCAGUCUCCCCAUCAAAUUGUAUUGAUGGUGCUGCUGAAGUAGUCAGCCAUGCAGAUAUCAGUGGCAGUUCCACCUCCUCCGACAUUGUCUCUGGCACACCACAAAAAACCAGUAGUCGUCGGCAGUCAUUUAUUACUCUGGAGAAGUUUGAUUCAUCUACCCCGUGCUCCUUCAGUAAAUCGCCCAUAAGUAAAUUUACUCAAGCAGCUACUGAAGCUCUUGUUCCUCCGCAGGGCGAAGCAAUGGAGGUGGAAGAUACACCACAACUUGAAGCCGAUAAGGUUUGCCAGGAAGUCUGUUUGAAUACAUCAGUCACUGGGAGCAGGCGAAGUAGACGUAAAGAAAAUAACUCUGAACAGUCUGUCAUAGAAAAGCCAACCAAAUGCAACAAGACUUCAAAAAGUAUUGAAGUUUCUGAAGAAGAGUCAUCUGACACAAAAGAAAAUUCCUCAAAUAAUAACGAACGUACUUCUAAAGAAAGAGAAAACUAUUUACACGAAGUUGACUGCAGCCAAAAUUCUGAGUGUCAGACAGAUAGCAAACAGCAAAUAGACAUUGGGGAGAGAAAUUUAGCUUCCUCUAUCAUCUCAGAAGAGAAUUCAUCAGACAAUCCUGCAGGCAUGCAAGAUGAGUGUGAUGAACAAAAUUCUAAAACAUUGUCAAAUAAAACACGAAGGCAUUCUUCUAGGAAGCAUUUGGAAAUGACAGUGACUGAUCCAACAGAUAAAAAAGUAAAAAGUGAGGGUUGCAAACUCCGCAAAAGAUCACAAAAUGAGGCAAUGGAACCUCUUCAGAAUGAGUCUUCUGGGAAUGAAGUGUCAUCAAAGGAGAGAGAGGAUAAUUCUAAAACUUCAUCUGACAACUCAGAAACUGAAAAGAACAGUGCUUUAAAAACUAAUUCUCAAGAACCUCCUAUCAAGUACCGCCCUCGCUACCUCACUCGUAGGUCGUCCCAAGGCUUAUCUGAAGCAGAGAUAAGUUGCUCUGAUGUGACUGAAACUGAGAAUCCUGAAGGCAGCUCUAAACUUCAGAAUGGGCAAAAGAAAAGGAGAGCAUUUAAGAGUAAAACAAAGACCAAAGAGCUGUCCCCUGAGAGCAGCAAGACAAAAAUAGAGAAGGAACAUGAACCAACUAUGGAUAGUCAGCUGUGCUCAGAAAAUGAAACUGCCGAGGUUAAAAUUUUGAAGGAGAAAGAGCUGGAAAAUCAGGAAGAGGAUGCAGUGAAGGCACAAAUUGAAGAUACGAGUGAGGUAAAUCCUACUGUACAGGUAGCUGUAGAGGUUCAGAGAGUUCAAGAGUCAAGUGUAGAAAUAGAUCACAAAAUACAAAUAAUAGCAUCUGAGGGAGAACAACCUGAAGCUAUUGAAAAUAUGAAAAUGGAAAGUAAUUUGGGACAGAGUAAAUUUGAAGAAGCCUGCCCAGUGGUUAAUGUUGAACCUGUGCCUUUUGAGGCAGGGAUUUCAACUACUGAAACGUCAGCUAGUGAUUGCUCAAAUCCUCCACAACAUAUAGUCAAAAAGAACCACCAAUUGAAGGAGUGCCAUAUAAGAAGUAAAAGGAUGCGGAAAACUAAAAACUGUGAUUGUUGCCAGAAUCCCUCGGAACAGCAUGGGAAGUCACUAGCUGAAAGUAAAGAGAAUACCGCUAAGCAAGCUGUACACACUGAGCAGAGAGAGCAUGAUUCACAGCUGAAUUUUUCAGCAUCUUCUGAAGAGAGGUUAUCAGAAAGUCCCAAGUUUAAUAACACUGGAAAUGAUGACAAUGGACCUUGUGCAUUUAGCACGCCCUUAAAUGAAAGCAGUAAAAUACAUCCUUUUGGUCCAUCCUUCAGUACUGUUGCAUCUGAAGUGGAUUCAACCGAAGAAAAAAGCCUUUUACCAGGCAUUGAAGCCGCCACAGAGCAGAAAGUGGAGGCGUUGUCUACAGAGCAGAAAAUAGAAGAAACUUUGGAUUCUGGAAAGAGUGAGCAAGUGGAGUUGAUGGAGGAAGCUGAAGCAGAUGAUACUUCAAAAGUACCAGUGUCAGAAGAACCAAUAACAGAUUAUGGUGGUGAGUCUGUUGCUUUGUUAGGUGAACAAUUAGUAAAUAAAGAAACCCAAGGUGACAGCUGUGAUUUAGACCAACAUCAUACAAGUAAGUCAAGUGUUUCUGCCCCAUUUGACAAAGUGAAUGAUGUACUGGCUGGACCAGUUAAGACUGGAGAGGCAAGUGUCUUGGACGAGACUGUGCAAGAUGAACCAGAAACUGCAGUGCAGUUCGAAGAUGUGGAGCCUGGUGACAAUGAAGCACCACCACCUGAGGCAGAAAUAACAGCAAAAAUCAAUCUCUCCAAACCAGUAACACCAGAUGAUGCAGUUGAACACGGGUCAGAUCUCCUCAUGGAAUCACCACAGAAGAUCAAAAACGAUGGCACGUUUCUGAUAGGUUCGAUGCACAGUCCUUCAGGAAUGCAGGCAUGUUGUGUCUGGUCACCUACAGCCUCGCCUUCUACAAGUAUCCUUAAGAAAGGAAUUAAACGGCAACCUGAGACUGACUCGCCUUCACCAUUGAAUAAGAUCCGUCGAGUUUCAUUUGCAGAUCCAAUUCAUCGGGAAGGCUUGGCAGAUGACAUUGAUCGUCGUAGCCCAGUAGUGAGAUCCCAUUCUUCUUCAGGAAGUUCCCCUGGGUUAAAUCACUCAAUCUCAAAUGGUUGUAAUCGGUCCAGUGUUCAAUCCAAGUACAACACUACUCCAACAAAAGGUUUCCUGAGUCCAAGUACUCGCAACUCUGGCUGUAAAAGUUCAAAGAAAUGUUUGAUCUCUGAAAUGAGCAAAGAGUCUGUGACACCAUCUUCAGCACGUGUGUAUCCCGCUCUGGUCAGCUGCUCUUCACCAGUAGAGACCAUUCUACCUCAGAUUGCCUCGAACAUGUGGGCCCGAGGCUUGGGCCAGCUUGUAAGGGCAAAAAACAUCAAGACCAUCGGUGAUCUGAGCUCGCUCACAGUGGCCGAAAUAAAGUUGCUUCCAAUCCGUUCUCCAAAAGUCUUUGUAGUAAGAAAGGCUCUCAAAGCUUUUUAUGAGCAGCAGAGGAAAUCCCUUGGUUUAGACGAAAACAAUGUAUUUGAAGGCGAAAAAUUGGUAAAUGGCACAGGGGACACCAGUUACUCUAAUACCGAUGAAGAAAAGCUGGCAACAGACUUAAUUGAGACUACUCCACCUGCUGUUACUCCUCCUCCUUCCCUCAUCUCUGAAGUUACUGCCCUUUCUGCACGCUUUUUCUCUGAGAACUUGAAUGAGCAUUCUGGGAGUCAACUCUUCACAAUGCAUCAGCAGCUGAGCGGCAUGAUGGACUGUAUCAUGGUGAACCUGCAGUCUCGCUGGAUGUCCCCACCACAUGAAGCUGCAGACUGAUGAUAUCAAGCUGUGUGAACUGGCAAAGCCAGUGGAGGAUAUUGAGCUGCGACAUCUCAUCCCCACCCUUUUAAGACAAGCUACACUUUAUUUGUUCUUAAUUAUUUGCCACAGUGUUUCAAACCAGCUUUGCUCAUGGUAAAUGUCAGCCUUGUAUUGUGCUCAGGUGCGUCCUGCUGCUCUGUCUCUAUUUUAAGGGCCGUGACCUUGAAUCCCAGCCUUGUCUGCUAUUCAAACUUCAUUCCUCUUGGGAUAUCCUGGUAAAAGUGGCACUGGUCAUUGGGAAUGAGAAAUCAAUAGUGAAUGACACCUGCCCUAUAGAAGCUUGUCCUCCUUUUGACUGAUCUGGGUGGUUUCAGAAAGAGCAACCUUCAUGGUAAAUCGAGGUAAGAUUUGAAGGGAAUAUUGUUUAAAGGGAUUAGGAGUUGCCUAAUACAAAAUGCUGACUAAGUCUUAUUUUGAUAGACUGCUUCAUAGAAAGGCAAACCAAUCACAAGUUGGUGGUAAUUGCAGCACAACAGUGGUGAAAGUGGAUGGAACAGUCUUAAAAGCAGUGGGGUAGAAUAAUAUAUACGAAGGACCCGACAAGCUUUCAAUGAGUGUCUCAUUGGCAUUGUGUACAUUGGGAGAAAGUUUUUAAAAAAAUGUAAUGGAAAUUUUCUGCAAGGAAAAUAAUUUUGUGAUGUUAAAUUAUAUUAUUUUACUGAUGAUGUUUGUGUUUUCUUGUGAGCAGAAGAGAGCAGUUAAAUCUUGCUGUUAUUUCUGCACCUCUGGCCAUUACUUGACUUUUAUAAUGAUGUCUAUAGAUGCCAGAGUAAAAUUGGUGCACAGCAAUGGAAUCUGAGCUGCACUUUUUUAAAAAAAUUUUUUUUUUUUUUAAAAACCUGUGCUUGAGCUCACCAUAUACUCCUGUACAAAUAAAAACAAUUACAAUUUCUUUGGUCUGUUAAUGUUUUGACUUUUUCUUGUUGCUGAUUAGUUUGAGUUUCACAAGGAUCACUUGUAAACAACACAGGUCUUGGCUAAGGUCUUCAGAGCUGAGUUACAAUGGGGAAAUGAGGGUUGUCU